UUUUUGACAGUGUCAACUGCCUAGCCAUAAAAAUUGACUCAAAAAAAUUGUGAAAUUGGAAAGAAGUAAAAAACAUAUUUUUCGUUAAAAAAUUAAUGUAAGAAAUGGCUUUUAAGACAUCACAGCUAACAAAACUACUGGCAGGUACGCUAAGCUAUAAGAACAAUGUGUUGUCUCAGACAGGAAUUACGAAAUACUCAAGGUUUUUGUCAUCGGAUGCAAAUAAACAACAAGAAGCAACUCCUAAAGAUCCAGCGAGUCCACAGCUGCUGUCUAAACUAUUUCCACAAACUGCUGUAUCAGAUCAACCGGAAGUAAAAGAGGAACAAGAAAAACAAAAACAACAAGAUGAAGAGGAGAAAAAAGAGCAAGACAAACAAUGGAAACGCAUGAAACUUGGUUUUUAUGUCUUCGGACUGUCUAUGGGAGGAAUGGGUAUUUGGUCACUGUAUGAAAUGGCACAGCCAGAAAUCGAUUCUGAAGGAAAGGAAAUUGAAGAUGAAUAUAGUCACUUGCCAACGUUUGAUAGAUACAAAAGUAGAAUCUUAAAGAAUUUCAAUUACUAUCAGAAGUUUGUGCAAGAACCUUCAGCGGAUAAAUUGUUGCCUGAUCCUCUUAAAUAUCCAUAUGUUCAACCAAAAUACACGCUAGUACUUGAAAUGAAGGAUGUUUUAGUACAUCCAGACUGGACUUAUCAAACAGGCUGGAGAUUCAAGAAACGCCCUGGCGUUGAUCAAUUCUUAGAGCAAUUAGGACGAUUGUUUGAAGUUGUCGUGUACACUGCUGAUCAUGGAAUGACUGUUUUUCCAGUCUUAGAUGCAUUAGAUCCAAAUGGUUUCAUUAUGUAUAGAUUAGUGAGAGAUGCUACUCAUUUCGUUGAUGGACAUCAUGUUAAAAGUCUCGACAGAUUAAAUAGAGAUCUUAGCAAAGUCAUUGUCAUUGAUUGGAACCAACAUUCAACGAAAUUUCAUCCAGAAAAUUCAUUUAAUAUUCCACGUUGGACUGGGAAUGAUGAUGAUACGACUCUUUUUGAUUUAGUAGCCUUCCUGAAGACGAUCGUGACUGCAGACGUAGAUGAUGUUCGCGAAGUUAUGGUAUACUAUAAACAAUUUGCUGAUCCAAUUGAGCAGUUCCGUGAGAAUCAACGUAAAUUACUCGAACAAAUGGAAGAGAAACAGAAAGAAGAACAGCAUAAAGCACCAUCUAUAGUCAAGAAAUGGACCCCUAGUUUCUUAGGUCAUAAGUGAAGAUGAUGAGAGUACUUCCUUUUAGCGAUUGAGACAGAAAAUAAUAAAUGUUUGCUUAAAUAUAA